GUCGCAACAGAGUCCCAGCGUUUAAGCGCGCAUCUCCGGCGCAGAAUUGACAGGCGUUCAGGAGCAGGCGGCCUCAGUCCCAUGAUUCCAUGUAGCAGUGUUAUAUUUUCCCCUACAGUUUUUCCUCUACAUCUAGUUUAGGCGGUUGUUUUAUUUUCUUUCCCGUUAACUUCUUCCAAUAUGUCUCUUUUGGUUGGUGUUUGCUUCUGUCAUGUUGUGUUGUGUUUAUUCUGCCUGGGUUCCUGCUUGACCCCUCAUCUCUUGUUCCUCUUCCCCUCUAUCUUCCCCUCCCAAUUCCCCCGGCACUAUUCCAUCCCGGGUAAAAGAUCUUCAUACAGGCACUAUCACGCAGGGCGGCCCUACUUAUCACCUCAAUCAGCCAAAGUUGCUGGUUUGUUUUUGUUAUUACUGGCCAGGUGCUGUGUUGUUGGCAGCGCGUGCCGCUGACAACUCUUCCUCUUUUCCUUUCUUAUGCACAUUCUUUCCUUCCAACUAUGUCUAUAUGAUGAUAUGUUAUGCUUUGCUACUUGUUAUGUUAUCAUGCUAGUUUACUUUAGCUUUCAAUGUGAUGGAUUAUGCAUUCAACGUUGGUUUUGUUGCGAUGGCAACUACCUCAUGCAUGUGUUGGGAUCAAGUUUCGCAAAGGGAAAAGUGAGUAGACAAAAACGAUGAGAAAUUUUUCAGUUCUUAGCAAUGGGAUUAUGUCCACCGUUAAUUAGUUUUGUAGUAAUUUGGUCAUUAGAGUAACAUACUCCUUUUAAGUAACAUCAGUCUCCC